UCCAGAAGAGAUCCUGGAACACGCUAGCUCCUGUCGACAGUCAUCUCGCGGAACCUCGAACCAGACGGUUCGAUUCGUACGCGAUUUAAGCUCACUUUUUUUCCUACUUCCAAACGAUUCGGCGGAACAACAACGAAAAAAUCCCCCACAAGGAAACGAUUUAAUGAAAAAUACUCAACUCGCGAAGAAUCGAUUCGUAAAAUGAUGGGUUUUCGUUAAAUUUUUCAUAAAUUCCGGUCGAUCCAUACGUGCUUUUUUCCCCUCACAUUUCCAUUGAUGUUCGACGAUCGCCCAAUUAUGGCGGGAAAAUGUGUUUGGACUUUAUCGCUUGUUUUUCUCGCGGUUUCGUUGCGCGUUACGUCGGCCGGCGAAAAUUCAACCCUCGCCGUUGUGCAACGGAUCUUGCCGGCUUAUGCGAUGGCUGUCGGCGCCAAAACGACCUUGAAUCCGAGCGUUUGCGAGCGUGAACUUGCCGCUUUUCGGGAUGCGGUUGAUGAACGCAAAUUAUGGGCACUCAAGAUGCUGGAUUCGAGCGGAGAACCAAAGUCCGGCUUCUUGUUCGGCAAUAAUUAUUGGCUCGGCAGUCAAAACCAAUGUAACGACGUUGCCAAUGAGAAGCCCUUUCUGCUUCGUCAGGACUUUUUGAAAAAUGCAUCGAAUUAUCGAAAACCCGAUGAGGAAUUUCCACCUUUUGGUCUUCAUUACUUCGUAGCUCAUUUUCGCCACAACAGCACAUUGCAAUAUCACGUCAGACUGCCGAACGAGGAUCUCAUAACUUUGGGACUUUGCUUACCGGCCUCCUGUACGACCGAACAAUUGAGCUCGAUUUUAGAAACAAUGUUUGAAAAGCGUACUCUCGUCGUGGGUGAUCUUUACGCGGCAAACUUUCAACUGGAAAGCGUCAGAGAUUUGCGAGACGACCACACGUGGCUAAUCAACGCGCGAAUUAUUAUCGUCGCUUCGAUUCUCGUGUUGACUUUGAUUCUCAUGAUCGUCGGUACUGCAUACGACGUUCUUGUUCAUCAAAAAUACCUCAAGGCGAAAAAAUUCGUUCGAGAGGCUUAUGGAAACAACAACAACAACACUUGCGUCGUGAACGCCGGUGACAACGCCACGGAGAACGUCGAAUUUAUCGUGCCGGUUUCAACGAUAAAACGUCCAAGCAUAUUCGGUGACAUACUACAAUGUUUUUCGGUCUACACGAACACGAAAAUUCUCUUCAGCACGAAAUUGGGGUCGGAUGCUAUAGCGCCCAUUCACGGGUUGAGGUUCCUCGGCAUGAUUUGGAUCGUCAUCAUUCACACGAUCUUUUAUAUGGCGGAUUAUGCCGAUAACAAACCUUGGUCAUGGAGAUCAGCGGAAGGAUUCGCUGUUCAAAUAAUCAGCAAUGCAACCCUCUCGGUUGACACGUAUUUCUUCCUCGGUGGAUUCCUCGUGGCAUAUCUUUAUUACAAGCCUCGAUUGACGAAUAAAAACAAAAAGAAAAGGGACGAAAUCAACUACGGAGCAAAAGCUAAACAGUUCUUUUCCGCCGUUUUCUCCAGAUUUGUUCGAUUGACACCUGCGUACAUGAUGAUGGUCGGAAUAAUGGAAAUAAAUGCCAGUUGGUAUGGAAAAACAUCGCAAUUUUACAUGACCGAAAGACCCCAGGAUGUUUGCGUUAAAUACUGGUGGAGAAAUUUGCUGUACAUAAAUAAUUUGUUCGGACGAAAGGAAAUGUGUUUGUCCUGGAGCUGGUAUCUCUCUAAUGACAUGCAGUUUUUCAUGAUUGGAACAUUCCUCGUUAUACUGUCGUCCAUGUACUUUUACACGGCAGUGUCGAUUCUUCUGUUCAUACUAGUCGGCUCGACUGCUCUCACAGGCUUCAGUUCCUACGCACAUUCAUACGUUCCUACAAUGGAUCAGCAAUACCACAUGCUUGAUUUGUUAUACGACCCACCCUGGACGAGAAUCGGUCCAUACAUCGUUGGAAUCAUCACCGCUUAUGUUCUCGUCAGAUUGAAAAAUAAAUUAGUCCUUGGAAGAAAAUCCGUGAUGGUUCUCUGGCUGCUGGGAAGUUCGUGCAAUCUCUUGGUUCUCUUCGGCCUCUGGGAGAGACAAAUAUCCCCGAUUUCUUCCGCGUUGUACGUAGCGCUGAGUCGUGCGGUCUGGGGCGUUGGUCUCAGUUGGCUAUUGAUCGCAUGCUGCACGAACCGCGGUGGUAUAAUAAAUAAAAUUUUGUCAUUCAGAGGAUGGAUCCCGUUGAGCAGACUGACCUUCAGCGCAUAUCUCUUGAAUCCAUUCAUAAUAAAUUCGAUAUAUUUGCACGGCGAGACGUCCAUCCACGUAGAUAUGUUACUAAACGGUAUGAUAGCAUUGGGCAAUUUAAUGGCAACGUAUGUAUGCAGUUACGUUUACUCUCUGAUGAUGGAGACUCCGUAUGUUCUGCUCAUGAGAUUAUUCUCGAAGCCUCGUACGAAUCAUCGAUGACAACGACGACAGGCUGAUUAUAAUUGAAAAACAAAAUGUAAAUAUACGAGUAAUUGUGAAAGUGUGAAAGAAAUGCACGAAUAUAAAUCGUUUUUAUUAACGGGA